AUGGUAAAAAACAAGAAAAAUGUGAUCGAAUCAGCCCUUUCGAAAUUAAGAAACCAGAGAGAAGGGAAGGCAAACCUAAUCGAUGAAUAUCAAGUGGAAGAUGAGAACGAUCAGAUCUACGAGAUAAUAACUGAGGAGGAAUUUAAUGAGAGGAACAGGAAAAGAAAACUUGAAGAUUUUAUAGAAGGGCCUGAUUACAGUGACGAUGAGGAGGAUUUGGAGUUGUUAGAGGAACAAGUAGAGCGAUUGGGGCGGAAGGCUUCUAAAGGUGUUCCUCAUGGGAAAUCUAUCCAACAACACUUUAUUGAGAUGGCUGCUCAGGACAGUCUUUCGUACCACCAACCAAAACCUACAGAAACAGACAAGGCUCUGUUGGAACGAUUGACAAAGUUUGAGGAGGAACUUGACAAUGAUACUAAUGAUUUAGGGCCAACUGUGUUACAGAAUCAGUUUGUAACUCCACAAAUGUAUACACAACCAAGUUACCUAUCACAAGCACUAAUGCAAGCAUCAGCUGAAGCACAUUUACCGGAAAAUUUAUUCAAAGCUUAUCAACCAGGAAUCGCACUCGUUCAUCAAUCUCAAGAAAUGGUUGAGGAACCUAAGAUAGAUUCGGCCAUAUUGGAAAGUUUUAGAGAAGUUGAAAUGGAUGAAGAUGUAGUUAUCGAUUCAGGACAAUCUCCACCUCAAUAUACUCAACCUGAUGCAUUGACGUUGAGUGAGGAUUUGGCGUUUUAUUUAUUGGAUUUAUGUGAAGAUGGAGGAUAUUUACAGUUAUUUGGUCGAAUUCGUACUAGUGGAACUGAUACCGAAAGUUGUAUGGUAACUGUUAAGAACAUGUAUCGUUCGUUGUUCUUUAAGCCAAGGAUGGACUUGCUGUUUAAUGAGUUGGGAGAGGUUGUUGAGACAGCCUCUGAUGGAGUAAUUAAAAGCAGUGACCCACUCUAUGAACGUCACUUAAUGAUGAACUUUUUCAACGAGUUUGAAGUCAUAAGAAAAGACUAUGGGAUCAAGAAAAUUAAAUAUAAACUUGUCAAGAGAUCACUACUUACCUAUGGCCCAACUAAGCCAGAAUUUUACAUUAAAGUUUGUUACCCGUUCCAAUUUCAAAUUUUAAACAAACAACAUCUAAGCGGAAAGUUUUAUGAGGAUGUUUAUCACAACCAUUCUACACAAGUGGAAUUAUUUCUGUUGAAGAGGAGGAUAAAGGGCCCAACGUGGUUGAGACUAACUGAUUACCAGAAAUCAACUGAUAGUUUAUCAUAUUGUAAGGUUGAGAUUGAGAUUGACUCACACAAAAAUGUGCAACUCUGGCACUCUAAAAACAAUGAAGAGCUUUUCACACCCAAACUUAACAUUCUUUCAAUCUCAAUCAAAACGCUUUUCACCACACCAACUCAUCAAGAGGUGUUUAUAAUAAGUUGUGUGUAUAAUAAGUAUAACAUUGAUGAGACUGCGAUGAAGGAUAAUUAUCAGUUUAUUGGUAUUAGGAAGCCUCAGAAUCUCCAAUGGCCAAAUGAACUCAAACAUUUCCUUGAAAAAAGGAACUAUUUCCGUAUUUUCGAACAAGAAAGAGGACUAUUGGCUUAUUUCAUGAACUACCUCAGGGGAAUCGAUCCCGACGUGGUGAUUGGACAUGACAUUCAUCAGAACUGUGUUGAUCUACUGGUGAAACGUUGUAAUUUACUCAAUAUUCCAUUGAGAUUAUCACUUUCAAGGCUCAAACUGGUCAAGAAAUCACAUUCACCAAUACUUUUUGGGAGAUUAUUUUGUGAUACAAGAUUGCUAACCAAAGAAUUAAAUCCCUCUAAGGAAAAUUACAAUUUGAUAACGUGUGUGAAUGACAUAUUGGAGAUAAAGAAUGUUGGAGAUCUGAAUUUUUAUAGCAGGUCAGCAUUUAGCAUGACUGAAAUCCAAAACCUUUUUGGUAAACCAGACUCGAUUAAGCACUUGCUUAAACUAGUGCAUUCAAAUCUAUUGGCCUCUAAACAUAUACUACAACUUCUGUUUAAACUUCAGAUAUUACCAUUGACGAAAGAAUUGACAAUAAUCGCUGGAAACACUUGGUCAAGAAGUAUACAAUGUGCCAGGUCUGAGAGGAUUGAUUUUUUGUUAAUGCACGAGUUCUAUCGCAAUAAGUACAUUCUCGAUAACGUCUUCAACAAAUUUAAAGAGCAAAUGGAUGAUACGAAGAGUUAUGAGGGAGGGUUGGUGUUUGAGCCAAUAUCGGGUUUGUACGAUAACUUCAUCCUGUUGCUUGAUUUCAACUCCUUGUACCCGUCGAUAAUCCAGGAAUAUAACAUUUGCUUUACGACAACAGUUGCAAAUGGCGAGGAAAGCGUCGUGAUCCUGGACAACGUUGGAGUCCUCCCAUCGAUUCUUAAACGUCUAGUUGAACUACGUCUUAAUAUCAAGAAUAUCAUUAAAGGCGAGAAGAACGAGACCAGAAGAGUCCAGCUUUCAACAAGACAACUGGCGUUGAAACUUAUCGCAAAUUCUAUUUACGGCUGCUUGGGAAGUAAUUUUUCAAGAUUUCAUUGCAAAUAUAUCGCUUCUUACAUUACUAAACUAGGUCGUGAGUUAUUGAGGAGCACUAAGGAGAAGGUGGAGAAUGUGUUUAAUUUACAAGUAAUUUAUGGUGACACAGAUUCUUUGAUGAUAAACACGAACAUCCGGGAUGAUGGGAAUCUAACAAAUUACAAUGCAGCAAACCAACUUGCUAAUAACCUUGUCACUUUCAUUAACAAAUCACACAAAAAGUUGGAAAUCGGCAUAGACGCUGUUUUCACACGCUUGCUGCUACUCAAAAAGAAGAAAUACGCAUCACUCAAAGUGGUCGACUAUGGGAGUGGACAAUUUGAGAGAGAGAUAAAGGGGUUGGAUUUUAUUCGUCGUGACUGGUCACUUCUAACAAAGGAAAUUGGAAACAAAUUGCUUAACAUUAUUUUAAACUCAAAUUACUACGACGGAGUCGACGGAAUUGUACAAGAAAUACACUCAACGCUUAUUAAUCUCAACGAACAACUCAAUAAUCAAUCAAUUGAAUUGAGUAAGUUUUUGAUAACGAAGCAGCUGACGAAGAACCCAAAAGAGUAUAGCGAUGUGCAAAACUUACCACACGUCUCUGUGGCUCUAAGACUAAAUGAAAAAGGGCUUGGAAAUUAUUCAACAGGACAUGAAAUUUCAUAUAUCAUAUGCACCAAAUCGUCAGCAACUAAGUUCCACACGAAUACCACUAGUGACAAGGAUAAUAGUGCUGAAAAUAAUGUUAAUAGUAGUGGUAAUAUUGGUGGUAGUUUGAGUUUCAGAGCGUUUAGCUAUAAUGAAGUAAUGGAGAAUGGGUUGGAGGUUGACAUAAGUUACUACAAACAACAGCAGCUGUUACCUCCAAUAUUACGUUUGUGUAGUAUAAUUGAGGGUACAGAUAUACAACGGCUUUCCAGGUGUUUACAAAUCGAAAAGAGCAUAGCCGUUACACAGGAGUACAAUUAUGAACAAGAAUCUAAAGUUUUAUCUCUAAUCAAAAGAUCACACGAGAACUACAGAGACGUGGAGAUAAAUUCUCAAUUAUCAUGUCAACAUUGUAACGGCCCAGUUCUACCCAGUUUCUUCCUCAAAUAUUUUAAGUGUAAUCAUUGUCUGAGGUGGUUACCGUUACAUUUAUUGAGGAAUUGGGUUGACCGUUUGUUAUACGAAUUAACAGUGCAAUCAUCUUUCUGUAUUAGAGUCUGUAACAUCUGUAAUGUUACCACACUCAACGUAACUCUAGGAGAUGUUGACAGAUGCCCACAACCAACGUGUCAAUCUAACGACUCUAUGCAAACCAUUUUCACAUCAAACAAAGUCUACAUGUAUUACGAUUAUUUGGUGUAUAUGCUGGAGGGCAAAUUAAAUAAUCCUCUAAAAGAUACCGAGACGAAUAAUACUACACAGACCAGUGCUGCUGCUAAUAAUACAGAGGAAAAUGAGGAAAAUUUGGUGAAUGUGAUGAUUGAUCUUGAUGGGAAGUUGACAAUAUUGUAUGAUGAGCCAUUCGGAGAAGUACGAACAUUUGAUGAAGUUAUUGAUGAAGUGACGAGAGGAAGCGCAGUGAGAGCAAGCUCAGCCCUAAGGCUGUGCGCGCAGCACAUCAUAGGACUAAUGGAGGCAAUCCCGUAUCUGCGCUACUACACAUUGGACUACCAGAAGGAGAGAGAAAUUCUCUGUAAUCGAGUUAAAACAUUACAGCUUAAAAAUUCAUAUAGCGUUGUGGAUUUAUCACAACUCUUCCAUCUACUCUCCCCAUUCAGUAAUUAA